ACCACGCCCUCGGCUCGCCCCUCGUUCAGCGAUGCCGUCCUCCACCGACAGGCUCAGCGCUCCUGCGCACGACUUGCACGAGCGCGCGCCGACACCGCACAGCGUCACCCAGCGCCGCCUCGACAUCCGCCCCAAGAAGAACCGCAAAGCCUCGGCACCGCUCCAGAUCGUCUUUGUCGGCGUCGCCGUGCGCGAGAGGCCCGACCUCGACGACAAGGGCACCGAGUACGCCGUGUCGGUGAGCGACGGGUCUGGUACGGUCCAGUCGGAGCACAACUUCCGGCCCAAGGGCGAGAACGCUCGCGACGCCCUCAACUACAUCCUCGACCUCGCCCGCAAGUACACCGAGGCUCGCGGCCACAAGAUCCAGAUCAUGAGCUUCGCCCGCACCUGCUCCGGCCUCGUGCCCGACGUCACGUUCUCGCCCGACGCCAAGAAGGACGGCGACGACAACGACUUCCUGACGCGAGUCUGGCUCGAGCUCGACGCCAUCCCGUUCCUCGCGUCGUCCGAGUCGUGCGAGGGCAAGUUCUCGCUCGACGCGCAGGCGGGCGCCGCCAUCGACGAGGCGCUCGCGACGCUCGUACCCAUGUCGAGCUCGACGAUCAAGAUCCAGCUCAGUCCGCUCCGCGAGGUGCUCGUCGACGCCGACUUCCGGGUUCACCUCUACUCGCUCCCGCUCCUCAAGUCGAUCACGUCGCCCGCACUUUGGCACGCCUUCUCGGACCUCGGCUCGGCGCUCGCCCAGCAAAAGACGAGCGUCGCCUUCUUCUCGGCCACCCCUCGUGGUGGUGGCGUCGCCCUGAUGCGCCACUCGCUCAUGCGCAUCUGGCACGCGACCGGGCUCGACGUCCGCUGGUACGUUCCGGGCGGCGACCCCUCUGUCUUCAACAUUACCAAGCGCAAGUUCCAUAACGUCCUGCAAGGCGUCGCCGACGAGGACGUCCUCCUGCACGACGACGAGAAGAAGCUGUUCGAGGCGUGGACGGCGCACAACUACGAGCUGUACUGGGCCGGCGAGGACAGUCCGCUCAAGCGGCUCGACAUCGCCGUCAUCGACGACCCGCAGCUGACGGCCCUCAUCCCCAUCAUCCGCCGCGUCUCGCCUCGCACCAAGAUCGUGUUCCGCUCGCACAUCCAGAUCCGCGCCGACCUGAUCGACAAAGGCGACAAGCAGAUCAAGGCGACAUGGGACUACCUGUGGAGCUUCAUCAAGCUCGCCGACGUCUUCGUCGCUCACCCAGUCGAAGAGUUUGUGCCCAAGGUCGUCCGCGACAGCAUGCCGGUCAUCUUCAUGCCUCCCUCGACCGACCCGAUCGACGGCCUCAACAAGCCUCUGAGCCGCCUCUUCCUCGAGGGAUACCGUCACACCUUCGAGGAGGCCGUCAGGAGUUCUUCGGGCGCUCACGUGAACUGGGGGCGGGGCUAUAUCCUUCAAGUCGCCCGCUUCGACCCGUCCAAGGGCAUCCCGCACCUUGUCGAGGGCUACCGCCUCUUCCGCGAGCACGCCGACAAGACGAGCAACAACGCCGAGCACGUCCCGCAGCUCAUCCUCACGGGCCACUCGUCGGUCGAUGACCCGGACGGCACGCUCGUCCUGCACCAGCUCCACGACCAGAUCGCCGACGACAAGUUCGCCUCGAUUCGCGACGACAUUAUCGCCAUCAGGGCUCCUCCUUCCGACCGCCUCCUGAACGCCAUGAUGCGCGGCGCCGACGUCGUCGCGCAGGUCAGCACGAGGGAGGGCUACGAGGUCAAGGUGAGCGAGGCCGUCCACAAGGGCAAGUGGAUGAUCGCGAGCAAGGCCGGCGGUAUCCCGCUCCAGAUUCGCGAGGGCAAGGACGGCGAGCUCGUCGAGCCUGCCGACCCUGAAGGUAUCGCCAACGCGCUCAUCAACUUCUACUCGUCGGACAAGCUUCAGCUGAGCAAGAGCGAGAUGACGGCCAACGACCUCGACCACGUCCUCGGCGGGCGCUUCGGCGACGACGGCGACGGUCCCUCGGAGCGUGACCUGUCGCUCGGCAACGCGACCAUGUGGCACGUCGUCUUUGCGCGCCUGCUCGGCAUCACGGGGCACGUCGACCUGUCCGACUCGCAACGCGCCCUGUGCAGCCGCCUCGGCAUCGACGUCGACGGCACCAAGGCGCACAACUUUGACGGGCUCGAGGGCGAGAAGGUGUGGGAGGUGCUCGUGCGGGCGUUCGACGGCGAGAAGAAGAGGAGCGCCUAGUCGUUCGGGGCGGACGAGCGAGCGACUGUAGAUAGACCGACUGCAACGAGUUAUGCUGUGCCUCUCAUACUCUC